AUGAUCCAAGUGCCCUUUCAAGAGUGUCACUCACGGAUUCGCAAAUACCGUCAGACGAUUGACCAAGAGAAAGCAAGAUGCUGCGAGUUCCUGGGCGAGGACGGCAUAAAACUGCUUCAGCAGAGGCUGGCCGAACAAACCCGCGAACAUAAAGCAACGCGCGAAGCAGCCCUAGAGAACAAAUUUCGUAAGCUGCCUGCUCCAAUGUCAUCCAAGAACGACAAACUGGUGCGCAACUUGUCGUCAAAGGAACUGACGGAGGAACAAAUGCAGGUUUUACGUCAUGAGGCCUCAUUCAGCACAGCCGAUUCCAAACCUGCCAACAUGAUUGCAAGAGUGGAAUCAAUGCUCAGCCAAACGGAAGCGACAGACGAAACGAAGAACAUCACUCGAAAUCAAGUGUGCUCUCUUCUCAUGGCUCAUAGGCCGCGUGACGUGCUUUCCAAGGCCGAGCGCUAUGCACUUAAGGAACUCCAGGCUGACAACGACCUCCUUAUCGUGCCUGCGAACAAGGGGCGUGCAAUGGUCGUAUUGUACAGGACAGACUACAAUCAAAAAGCCAAAAGCUUGUUGGAGGAUCGUCAGUCCUUUGUCCCAUGCGAAUCCAACCCCAUAAAAACGCUGACACGCGAGAUUAACGCGACGCUGUUGGCAAUGGAAAACUCAGGUGCAAUAUCGUCAAUCGACCGACGCAUGGCACGAGCACAAGAAACGGCCCUAGCCCGAUUCUACGGUCUCCCAAAAGCGCAAAAAGAGGGCGCUCCUCUCCGGCCUAUCGUAUCAUUAAAGGGCACUCCAACAUACGGACUGGCAAAGUGGCUGUUCCAACGUCUCAAGUUUCUGACCUCCGAUUCGAACACCACAUCAGCUCGUCAACGCAAUUCUUGA